AAACCGGACCAGCUUUCACCUCUGCCCGCUAGGCUUCAGAAUACUUGUAUGGGCUUUCUGGAUUAAAAUAUGCUUGUAUCCAGCAGAAGCCUGGUGCCAGUUCCAGGUUUUUGCGAUGCCCGUGCUCCAGGAUACUCCGGGGCCCGGAUAUUUUCUAGCGCAGUACAAGCCGAUAGACUUGCUCGCUAUUUUGGUGCAGUAGUUUGGGAGCUUGGGGCCAAAGACCGUCAGGAAUCGGCGGGAUCCCUCGGGAUCCCCUUCGAUCCAGCUUUUCCCUCUCUCCCUGGGUUUGCAGACAGAACGUGGGCACUUCACUGGCCGCGCGCGCGGCUCUUGAGAACGUUCCCCGGAUGCCGCGCGCUCCCUUCUCUGCAGGGGGAGGGGAGGGAGGCUGUGGCUCCCUCCAGGAGGAGGAUGUACGGGAGGGGACGCUUUGGACAGGGAGAGAAAUGAAGGAGCCAAGCAGAAAGCCAGAAAGAGUUCGGCUGAAAGGGAGAGGAGAGUUGUAGAGGCUCCAGCGAGAGCAAGAGUUUGCAUUCCCUCCUCCGCGUGCUCUCUGAGCUCCUGGUUUGCAUUGCAAGCUCCCUGCUCUCCUUGUGCCUCAGUCCUGCCUGCCUUCCCUCUCAGCACCCCAAGAAGGAACAGCUCCUAUGCAGUUUGCAGCACUGCAUUAAAAAGAAAGCAGUGCGGGUCAUCCAGGGCAGCUGAAAGCAACAAAGCAGCAGCUUCCAGCACAAACUGAGCCCUUUGCAAAAACAAUAAUUCAGUCUUGGCUCCCUCCCUUUUUUUUUUUUUUUGCAAGUGCAUAGUAAAAAAACCCUCCACAACGUGUCGGCCUUAGAGGGAUCCGAACCAGGCAAAGCAGAAUGUACCAAGGACACAUGCAGGGGAAAGGCUCUAGGGCGGCAGAUAAGGCUGUUGCCAUGGUGAUGAAGGAGAUACCGAGGGAGGAGUCUGCAGAGGAAAAGCCCCUCCUUACUAUGACAUCACAGCUGGUGAAUGAGCAACAAGAAAGCAGACCUCUCCUGAGCCCCUCCAUUGAUGACUUUCUCUGUGAAACCAAACCAGAAGCCAUUGCCAGGCCGGUAACAUCAAAUACAGCUGUGUUAUCUACUGGUCUGGAUCUCUUGGAUCUGAGUGAACCUGUCUUACAAACCCAAAGCAAGACAAAGAAGUCAGAGAAUGCAUCAAGAAGUGAAAACGUAAAGGCUUCAACCCACAGAAAGAAGACAGACAACUCAGACCUUAUAAAUGUGGAUGCUGAGCAGAAGGUCCAGACUGGAAGAGCUCCAGAGAAGUCAUCAUUAGAUUUAGUAAAUAUUCAGACGCAGCUCGAGAAAUGGGAUGAAUUGAAAUUUCAUGGAGAGAAGAACAGCACGGGUCAUUCAGCUACAGAACAAAAAUCUUCAUCUAGAGCUCCAUCAAAAGAGCUUUUAUGGUCUACAGAGAACAGAUCGCAGUCUGAGCUGACUAGUGUCAAAAGUGCCUUGGAGUCCAAUUCAACGUCAGAUUUAGAAUUAGUACCUGCAACACAGGCACGAUCGACCAAAGAGCAGCGUUGGGGAGGUUCAUUCCUCUCCAGAAAUCACUCCUUGGAGGAGGAAUUUGAAAGAGCGAAGGCAGCUGUUGAGUCAGACACAGAGUUUUGGGAUAAGAUGCAAGCUGAAUGGGAAGAAAUGGCUCAGAGAAGCUGGAUUUCAGAGAACCAGGAAGCACGUGGCCAAGUAACUGUCUCGACCAGUGAGAAGGGCUAUUAUUUUCAUACCGAAAACCCUUUCAGAGACUGGCCUGGUGCUUUUGAGGAAGGACUGAAAAAACUGAAAGAAGGAGACCUGCCCCUCACUAUCUUAUACAUGGAGGCUGCUAUUCUACAAGACCCCAGUGAUGCAGAGGCCUGGCAGUUUCUUGGUAUAACACAGGCAGAGAAUGAAAAUGAGCAGGGAGCUAUUGUCGCCCUCCAAAGGUGCUUGCAGCUGCAGCCAAACAACUUAAAAGCUCUAAUGGCCUUGGCUGUGAGCUACACUAAUACUGGCCAUCAACAGGAAGCCUGUGAAGCUUUAAGAAACUGGAUAAAGCAAAACCCAAAAUACAAAUAUAUAAUGAAGAGCAAAAGAGGGUCUCCGGCACUUACCAGGAGAAUGUCUGAGCCAUCAAAAGAAAGUUCAUUACUUGAAGAAGUAAAGGAAUUGUACCUGGAGGCAGCUCACCAGAAUGGUGAGAUGAUAGACCCAGACUUGCAAACAGGACUUGGAGUGCUCUUCCAUCUGAAGAGAGAAUUUAACAGAGCAAUAGACGCAUUUAAUGCUGCCUUAACUGUUCGGCCAGAGGACUAUUCAUUAUGGAACCGCCUUGGAGCAACCUUGGCAAAUGGGGAUCGAAGUGAGGAAGCUGUGGAGGCUUAUACUAGAGCAUUAGAAAUUCAGCCAGGCUUCAUUAGGUCCAGAUACAAUUUGGGAAUAAGCUGCAUCAACCUAGGAGCUUACAGAGAGGCUGUCAGCAAUUUUCUCACUGCUCUCAGUUUGCAAAGAAAGAGCAGGAAUCAACAGCAGGUUCCCCAGCCGGAAAUUUCAGGCAAUAUCUGGGCAGCUCUCAGAAUCGCUCUGUCUAUGAUGGACCAGCCAGAACUAUUUCAAGCAGCUAAUUUGGGUGAUCUGGAUGUUCUGUUAAGAGCUUUUAAUCUAGAGCCAUAAAAAAAAAGCAGCCACGUCACGAAGAUGUAUUAGGAAAUGCAAAACUCUUUCAUUACCAGUUUCAAAAUGAUUACGGACACUUUCCAAAAGAUCCUGGGCCGUAGAACACUAGGGGAAGUUCUACCAGACAUCAGCCAAUUCCUGGAAAUCUUCAAAAGCACAAAACUUUGUAAAUACUAUUGAACUCAAAUGAAGGAUUAAAAUGAACAGCAGCUAAUCUGACAAAGACCUGACCUAGAUGAAGCAGUCAUACCCGAAGAACCUUCAUCCCAUGCAAGAUAUGCAUAUAUAUAUACACUCACACCUAUACAGAAAAAAUACAUUUAAGACGAAACCUAAUAAUCCUUGUUGCACAUUAGAGUGGGAAGCAGCACAUCCAAGGAACCUUAUUGCUCAUUGCACUAAAUUGACACUGCAUGCCCCUACAAUGUGGAGUCCCUAUACUUUUGUUUGUUUGUUGGCCAUUCUCUUCAAAGUCCUACUUCCACAUAGCUCUGACAGAAGGUACAUGUACAGUAGAUAUAUUUUGUGGUGAAUAUAUUAGCUUGCAAUCAAUGAGGGCUUUGUUUGUAAAGGUACCUUGUUUCAAUUUUACUUUUGGACCUAAUUCACAGGCCCUCGGAGAUGGAAUUCAGGAGGAAUUCUGCACAUGGAAGAUUUACAGUGUUAGGCCCUUUAUUUACUAGAGGGAUGAGCUUUGUAAGCAGAAGCAGUAAUUUGUACUAGAAUUUUUGUUGUUUGUACCAAUUACGGCCCCAAUCCUGCAAAGAGCAGGAUUCUGCCUAUAUGGAGGUCCUGGUAGGUUUCAGGCCUGUGUAUGUGCAUAAGCACUUUAAUCUUUUGUAAAUGUAUGCUGUGCUUUUAUUUAUUUUUAAAGUAGGAACAAAAGAUUUAAUGAGAUACAUAUAUAGCCUUGUUGGCAUAAAGGACCAAAUAUAACUUCUUGACACUAGAUAGAGAGCUUUCCAAAUCCUAGUGUUAAAAAUGCAAAUAGGGUAUCAGUUAUAAUCUCAAGUGAAUAGAAUAUUUAUUAUGCAUGUACCAGUAGUUUCACACACACACAAAAAUACAGAUUAACUGGAGGUAAAUGUCAUCUUAGAAAAUAAAUGAAUCUCUUCCUUCAGCUUUCCACAGAAACUAAAGAAGAAUCUGUUUAGGAGCAGAUGUCUACAGACCAUACUCUGGGGGAAAACUUCCACUGAAGUGAAAAGAUUUGCCUGAAUAAGGACUGCAGGACAGGGGCUAUAGAGGUUGAUCCUGCUCUCACUGAAAUCAAUGGCAAAACUCUGAUUGACCUCAAUGGUUGCAGAAUCAAGACUUUAGUUUUCAUUAGUCUUUAAAGCUCCUAAAAUAAAGCCUGCACCUACACGGUUCCAAAUGCUUCCUAUGAAGUACUGAGCACCUUCAACUCUGACUUCAGAAUGAGUUUUUCAGCACAUAUUAGGGGUUGGGUACAAUGCACAUGUAUAGCACAAAGGGAAUCCAUCCAUCCAAGACAGAUCUAUAGAGUUGUACAGAGUUAAUUUUCAAGUAUUGUGGUUUAGGGUUUGGGUUUUUUUAGUACUUUCUCUAAAUAGUGAAAAACAUUUUUACAUUAAAGAUAUACUGUGUUGGUUUGUGUUUAGGAAUGGACAGGACAGGGUAGCUAUUGCAGGUGAAAGCGGAAAAAGUAGCACAGUCCCUUUAAAUGACAUUUUACCCUCCCCCCGCUCCCAAAGAGCUGUAUCAAAAAAGCCACUGCACAGAUUGUAGGGCAAGGGGUCUAUUUCAUUAGUACAAAUAAAAAUUUUCUUGCAAUUGUCUCUUAUUUUGAGCAACCACUUAAAGGAAAACACCUUGUUUAGCUAUGCCAGAAGGAGGACAUUGGAUGUGGUUUAAUUAGGGCACAAUUUUAUUCUUAAAUGUCUGGGAAUACCCCGCAGAUAAAAGUGUACGGUGCAGGGGAUUCCAUAAACAUUUCAAUAUAUACCCCACAGGGUUUCCAUCAGCCCUGCCCCUUACCCAUCCUGGUCCCCACCCAAGCUGCUGCUGGGACCUCACCAUUCCCCCCACACACCUCGAAUGAGGGUGGGGGGAGGCUAUGAAGGAGGAGAGGUCGGCUCCCUGACGUACCAGUCAUAAGAGCCCUGAAACCCCCACCCUGUUUCUACUCCUUUAAGGAAUACCUCCUUUAAAUCCCUGACCGAUCCAUUUUAUUUCACCACUGUAUCCCUUCCCUAUAGAGUACUUGCACUGGGGACAUCUGCCCAAUGUUUACAUAAUGAGUUGUAACACCAUUCUUCUUUCAUGUUUGCUCAGCUAAGCCCCCCUGAACCUGCAGUGGCAGUGGUCCACAAACUGUGGGGCGUGCCCCCUAGAGGGGCACCGAGGAACAUCUGGGAGGUGGCAGGGCUCUGGCCAGGUCCCACGGGUGGGGGGAGGGAGCACCACCCUGCCCUGCUCUGCCCCCUGUUCCGCUUUGGCCCCUCCCCUGCUCCUGACCUGGGGAGCAUGGACACAUUCCAUUAUUGGUAAGUGGGGGGCGAGAGGAAAAGUUGGGGUACCACUGUGCUAUAGGAAAGGUGAAAAAAACACUUCACCUUGGCCAAUCUGGGAGUGAGGGGCAAAUUCCUUUGCAGACACCCACCUGAGAAAGGAGUGACUAGCGCAAUGCCCACAGGGGAUCCUGACAAAACCCAGUAUUUCACUAUUUCCAUGAGUGGGAGGGUAGGUGCUCCUCUGCUUGGUUCAGAUAAAAGAGGACUUUUCUUGCACCGGCAUGGACCUAUAUAGUCCCCCACCUCUUUCAGUCACUGGGGGGAGGGGGUAAGUUAGCUGACCUGAUCUGUGGCAGCAGCUGAAAAUAACUGGCUGGGUUUCUAGCCCUUAAAGGGGCACGCACCUUUUCCAACAAGCCAGACAACAGUCCCCACUGCUUCAUGUGCAGUGAGAUCAUUAUCUGAUAUUGUAAUCACAAAGUCAGUAACUAAAAAUCAUCAGUUAAGAAUGUAUCAUUAAAAUAACAGCCCCACACAGAGGCGCACCACAGAAUGGAGAAAUGCUGAAACAGGGGCAGGUAUUUGUAAAUAAAUAAGGGUAUAACAACUGACAACUGCAGUUUUCCUUUAAGCAGGGAAUACCAAAUGCUGGCUGGGAAAUUUCAUUUUAGCUGAAGUAGGCUUGCUAUAUUCAUAUCAGCUGACAACAGUUUGCUCUUUUGCUUUGACAGUGAUGUAUGAUGACAAUUCUCAGCUAUCAAUGAGGCAGAGCAGCGGGUGUCCUGCAAUUGAAAUCUGGAAAGUGUGGGGUUUUUUGGGUGGUAAGAAAGGAAGGAGGCAGCUCUGGAUAGAGGCAACAGAGCAAAGGCAUAAAAGCUCAGAUCUAGCUUUUUGCUCUCCCAUCACACAAGUUCUUUCAGAACAUCUCUGUGCAGAUAAUUAUAUUACUACAAAUCUGGUAAAUCUAGCCCUGCUAAAGUUUUAUUUUUAUGCCAUCCAAAACAACAAUUUAACUGCCUGAAUUUUCACAGAUAAAAUGACAAGGUUGAUUUUCAAGACUGACAGUAGUUCACAAUACCUCUGGUUUUGGACCAUCUAUUAGUAGAGUGGAUACUAUAUUAGCUUGUUUUUAAAUGUAGGGUCCUGGGUACACCCCAUGAUCACCACCACCGAAAAAGGAGGAGGAAAAGCAGAUGUCUACUGAUUUAACAGGGGAGACAUAGCUCAAAUCUGUAUUCCCCUGUUUAUAUACACACACACAAUUGACAUUGAAGAGACUUGCAUGCACAAAUCUAGAGAAACCAAACCUGCCUCCCAUAGGCAUGUAAGGACCCCAAAUUAGCAGAAGCACUGCAGUUCUGCCGUACAUGGGGGUUAUAGGCUACUGAGUGACCAGCUAAGGGAAUUGAAUGGCCCACUGAGCUGCUCCUAAAAGGCUUAGCCCCAUGAAUGAUCUCCAGUUGCGUAUGGCCAGUGGAUGACUAACUGCAUAGAUUCACUGUCCAAAACUGUGUAGGUGUUGGGAGUAAAUUGAAGCAGGAAUAAAUGCUAUCACAGCACAUGGAUUGUAGUAGUAGCCACAGAGCAGUAGAAUUGGCACUCCAUGCCCUGCCAAUAGAGUGUUUGGGGGAAGGGACACAAAGAAUAUUCAGGCUGUUUACUCAGAUUUUGCAUUUGGGCCUUAAUACCACAGAACAUGGUGAGUAGGGAAAUAGAGGGGGAAACUGGAACUACCAGAAAACAAAGGGAAGCUCCACAGAAAACAUAUGAGAGAUCAAGUAAAGGAGUAAGAAAGGGAAUGGGGGGAAAAGAUACGCAGAAAUAUACACAGAGUUUAGGCAAAUCACAGCCUCCUUGGGUCCCUCAUUUACCCCCUGGUGUGAAAAGGGGGACAUAAUUCUCAUCCACCUUUGUGCUCUCUCCAGAAAAAAAGCACUAGGAGUGCAAAGUAUUCUGUUAUCAUGCUGCCUAUUUGGUCUGUUGUGGGGCAGUUCAACAGUUGGGUCAAUUCUGAGAAAGCUAAAAAUAAUUGUGGAGUGUGCAGUGAGCUCAGCUGCAACACAAAAUAGCAAUUUCACACUGUGACCAUUGCCUCUCUCAGCAGGAUGGAAAAGGCAACCUAAGACACCUUAGGGACAGGGUCAAGAAACUGGCAUCUAGCCAAAAUGGCACUGCUUCUUUGGUUUUUCUUAAUCCCACUUUCCUGCUUUCCAUUCUCAUUACUCUCCUGUUUCUCCAAAAGAGAUUUGUAACCUAGCUAGGUAAUUAAUUUAUUCUAAGGUUUGGAGUCUUAUAUAAUGUGUAUUUCAUGUCAUUUAAACCACAUUCCCGGUUGCAGAGCCCUUAGGACAGUGGUUCUCAAACAGAGUCUGGGGUCCACUGGGGGUCCGUGAGCAGGUUUCAGGGGGUCUGCCAAGCAGGGCUGGCAUUAGAUCUGCUGGGGCCCAGGGCAGAAAUCCAAAGCCCCCACCACCUGGGGCUGAAGCCUGGGGCUCCAAGUCCUGCCUCCCAGGGCUGAAGCUGAAGCCCGAGCAACUUAGCUUUCUAGGGCCCCCUGUGGAAUGGGGCACUGGGCAAUUGCCCAGCUUCCUACCCCCUAAUGCUGGCUCUAGCUUUUAGAUGCAGAAAAACAGUUGUUGUGGCACAGGUGGCCAUGGAGUUUUUAUAGCAUGUUUGGGGUCCUCAGAAAGAAAAGGUUGAGAACCCCUGCUUUAGGGUAUUGGUGACCUUACGCCAGAUCUGCUCUGACAAGGUGCUGAACACCCUCAAAUCCUGUUGUCUUCAAUGGGAGUCAAGGGUGCACACUGUUUUGCAGGAUCAGAUCUAGUGCAUGUAUUCAGGUACUGACCCAGGGCUGGAUUGUGAUACCCUUGCUCAUUCUAUGUUACGCUAUGAGUAGCCCCACUGGAGUCAAUGGGAAUAUUGUGGAGUACAAUUACUCAGUGAGAGUAAGGGGCUCCUUUCUAGUUAUGUCUAUACAUUGCAAUGACUCCAAAACACUUUGAACAGGGUCUCUUGUGUACUCAAGUUGAUGUGCAGUUAUCUUCAGUGGAUGCCCUUUCUCAGUAGAAACGCAAACAUAGUAUUUUAUGUAAAAAGUUAUUAACACUUGUUUUUGAACCAACCCCAUUUUUUCCUGUUUCUUUUAUCCUCUCUCCCCAUCAAGAAACUAUUUUUAUGUCCAGUUAAAAAUUAAAUUGAGGUUUCAAACAAAUCUCUCUGUGUCUUAAUUAAUAGUGUUUUCUUUCGAUGGGGUUAGAUAAAAGGUUUGUAAAAAUGUGAAUUUAUUUUCUUUUAAAGAAAUGCGUAGCCUCAGGUACAAAAAUAUUGCAUGGAACAGUAUUCACAUAUGAACAUACCAAAAUAUUAACCCAAAGCAUGCAAGAUACAUAAUUUGAAUGUAAAUUUACAGACUGCAUGAUUAAAGCUCAAACACAGGUGAUUUUUAACUAUUAAUUUCUGUAAUGGGCUAUUUUGAAUGGGAUUUUAAAAAGUAUUGGUCCAGCUCUAAAAUGGGAGAUUUACUGUUGACAUAAGUGGGGGCAGAAUUAGACCAAUGCUGACCAUUUUUGAAAAUCCUAUCCUUAUAGCUUACUUUGCACUGUAGAUUUCACAUUUGCUUUUAAUAUUUAUUAUAUUAAUUGUAGAAAUCCUUGGUAUAAGGUUUUUGCAGCCGUGUCUUUGAGAUAUUGAUCUUUACAAGUGUUAAAGAACCGUGAGACUGGGGGAUGGCCUACCCCUCUCGAAAACUGGCAGUUUGGAUUUUCAGAUUCAGAUUUUAAGCUUUUCUUGACAGACUUAGAACAGAUGCCACUAAACCAGAGCAUCUGAUUCCCAGAACCAUCUCAAAGCAGACAGUAACCAUCAUGACUUACUGCUAUUGUGGCCAUAAUUUUCAAAUGUAGCCACUUAAAUCCGUGGAAGUUAAUUUUCAGGCACCCAGUUUGAGAGACAUAGGCCCUGAAUUUCAGAGGUGCAGAGUUUCUGCAGCUGCCAUUGACUUCAACUAAAGUUGUGGGCACUCAGCAUUACUGAAAUCUCAAACCUCAAGGCUGGACACUCAGAAAUAAUGGCCCCUUUGGAAAAAUUGGACCUAUAUGUCACACAGAAAGACAGUGACUAACACUGACUGAUUAGAUAGGUGAUCUUACUACCAUUUAUAGUACACGGAUAUCCAUACCACAACACAACUGGCACUAACUGACUGCCUGACUGGCAGCCACAAUAGAGAUGUCAAGAACUAAGGUCCCAGUCCAAUCCCCAUUGGAGCCAAUGAGAACUAGAUUGGACCAUAAAGUAGCCCUGGAGCCAUCUCACUCCAGGUCCAUCUAAGAAAUGUUUAUAAGAUAUAAACGAGUCACAUGGGAACAAAGAUUCUCAUGGAUACACCGUACAGUAUUAACUACUCUUCAAAUAACAUCUAGGCUGGAAAUAAAAUACCUUAUUAUAGCCCUCUUCUACUCUCUUUUUCAUUGGAAAGAGAAAAUAUAUUGGGGACAGAGAGCUGCAUGCUCUCAGAGAAAACAUUCUAGAAGAAAUGCAAGUUAGUUACCUUCUUAGUUAGCUGAUCAAAUAUGGACAAUAUGAAAAAAGAACAUGUGACAACAUUAAAAAGGAGGAAGAUUACAGGGUCUGAACACAGAAUAGCAAUAACUGCUGGGGGAGAGGAGAUGGAGGAAGAAUCAGAAGGAAUCUGAAGUUUACUAAAGUAGGCCCUGAUCCUCCAAAAGCUCUCACAUGCAAGCAGUCCCACUGAGCGAGCUUGCCAGGUGAAGACCUUCAUAUGCUUUGAUCUCCCCUGCCCCCGCUCCCCACCUCUUUUGCAGAAUUUGUCAUUUACAUUGGCAGAAAAAUAUCCUUAAGUUCGCAGCCUUUUUAAUAUCAGUACUCUAUUGUAAAUUUAGAAAAAUCAAAAUGUUUAUAUAUAUAUAUUUUAUAUAUCUGAGUACAACAUAUCUAGACUAAACUAAAAAUAUAUUGUUCUGAAAGACAUUCUGUGCUGCUUCUGCCAUAUGCUGCAUACCGUUUUUUAAAAGUCCUUACAUCUUGCACCAGGUUUUGGCUUUAUUUUUAAGCCAAUUUAUGGCAGACAGGAAAGAAGAGAUUAUAAGGUCUGUUCAUAGUUACACCUGGACAACCACAAUGACUUCACAAAUGCCAUGAUCCAGCAAAGACUUAUAUGCAUACUCAACUUUCUACACUGUAGACCCAUGGUUAAGUACACAUGUAAGCCUUAGAAGGAUUGGGGCGUAAAGAUACAAAGGUGUGAACUAAGGCCGAAUUUAACCCUAUAUUUGAAUAUUUACAUUCUGUUUCAAAUUGACCCAGACUGAGCAAUCUGUGUCUAUAUAUAACUAUGGGGUGACAGGUUAGUCUCUCACAAUAGGUAACUUUGCCUCUGUAUACUCAGUGCAUUACUAGCCGUGAAUAAAUAUUAAAACACAGAGCUGUAGUUUACUGAUGCUUCAGUUUGAUGUUCUCUUGCACUGCUCUUUAAAAUAAACUGCUUCCUUAAAAAUGAACUGUAUGUAUAUUGAUGUGUUUAAUUUAUUAAGCGUAUAGAUUUCAAUUUGCAGAGCACCACAGUUAAUGUAGUAUUUUUGUACUGUGUUGGAAGCAUGCCUUCCUGUGAUUCUUUUCCACAUAUUAAAUUGUAUUUAUAAUUGUGCAAUUUUUAAAUAUGUUUUAAAAUAAACUUUGUCUGUG